CGCCCCGUUGACAUUGACACAUGGCAGUGGGCGGACGGACGAACGGGAAAAUGCAGCUUAAUUGGAAACUGGCCUUGGCCUUGCUGGCGGUGCUCUGCCUGCAACUCGGGCAGGGAUCGGAACUGAACUUCAAUGCGGCUUCAGGCGUUGAAAUGGGACUCCAGAUGGCUGCCCACUUGGCGCCCAGCACCACCACAGAUGUCCAGGAAACCGCCGCCAUGGCCGUAAUCAGCAGAUUAAUCGGCGAACGUUCUUCUCAAUUGUUUAAGGUGCAAGUUAAUAAAAAUAUGGAUUUACGAAGCUUUCAGAUUACCAUGUUGGAUGAUGGCCGGAUUCUGUUGAUGGGAUGGGAUGGUGUUUCCGUGUGCAAGGCCUUCCAUCACUACCUCAAAUACGUUUUAAACAAGGACGUGGAUUGGUUCAAGAUGCGCAUUGAGUUGCCCACCAACUUGCAGCUGCCCAAUGUGACCAUCGAGUCCAAGUCAGCGAGCCCGUUUAUCUAUCACCAGAACGUGUGCACUUGGAGCUACAGCUUUGCGUGGUGGGGCUUUGAGCAGUGGCGCCGUCACCUGGAUUGGAUGGCCCUGAUGGGCAUCAGUCUGACUAUUGCUCCGGUUCAGGAAGCCAUUUGGGUAGAGGUGUACUCGGAGUUGGGUCUCAGGCUGGAGGAGAUCGAUGAGCAUCUGGCUGGACCAGCUUUUCAGGCCUGGCAGCGCAUGGGCAACAUCCGUGGGUGGGCGGGACCACUGACCCCGGGGUGGCGACGAUAUCAAUUGCUCCUCCAGCAGGAGAUAAUCGCUGCCCAGCGGAAUCUGGGCAUGAGUGUGGCAUUGCCCGCCUUUGCCGGUCAUGUGCCACGGGCUCUAAAGCACCUGUAUCCCGAAUCGACUUUCAUGGAAGUGCAGCGAUGGAACCAGUUCCCUGAUCAAUAUUGCUGCGGUUUGUUUGUGGAACCCACGGAGAAUCUUUUCAACAAGAUAGCUUCGAUUUUUCUGCAAAAGAUCAUUACGACAUAUGGUUCGAAUCACAUCUUCUUCUGCGAUCCCUUCAACGAACUGGAGCCACCGGUGGCCAAGCCGGAAUACAUGCGUUCUACGGCUGCGGCGAUAUAUGAGUCUAUGCGCCGCAUUGAUCCUCAGGCCAUUUGGCUGCUUCAAGGCUGGAUGUUCGUAAAGAAUCCCUUUUGGACGACGGACAUGGCUGAGGCCUUCCUUACGGCCGCACCACGUGGUCGCAUACUGGUGCUGGAUCUCCAGAGCGAGCAGUUUCCGCAAUAUGAGCUAACGCGCUCAUACUUUGGACAGCCUUUCAUAUGGUGCAUGCUUCACAAUUUCGGCGGCACACUUGGAAUGUUUGGAUCAGCGAAACUGAUAAAUUCCGGAAUCGAAGAGGCGCGUCGGUUGCCCAACAGCAGUUUGGUGGGCACGGGAAUCACACCCGAGGGCAUUGGCCAGAACUAUGUGAUGUACUCAUUCACCUUGGAGCGCGGCUGGAGUAACAAACCCCUGGAUCUGGAUAGCUGGUUCACACAUUUCUCACACACCCGUUAUGGCGUUAAGGAUGAGCGUUUGGAGCAGGCUUGGCUGCUGCUGAAGAAUAGUGUCUAUUCCUUCCGUGGCCUGCAGAAAAUGCGGGGACAGUAUGUGGUGACGCGAAGGCCGUCCUUCAACCAGGAACCCUUCACUUGGUACAAUGCAAGCGCGGUGCUGGAUGCCUGGCACCUGUUGCUCUCCUCCAGAGCUAUUAUUCCGCUGGAGGAUGACAGAUACGAGAUGUACGAGCACGAUUUGGUGGACAUAACCAGGCAAUUCCUGCAGAUCAGCGCAGAUCAGUUUUACGUCAAUCUCAGGUCGGCCUUUAGAAAGCGACAGGUUUCGCGUUUCGAAUUCCUUAGCACCAAGCUGUUGAAGCUGUUCGAUGAUAUGGAGCUGAUCCUGGCGAGCAGCAGGAACUUUCUGCUGGGCAACUGGCUGCAGCAGGCCAAACAAGCGGCACCCAGCCCUGGGGAACAAAGAAACUUCGAAUUCAAUGCCAGAAAUCAAAUCACCGCCUGGGGUCCUGAUGGUCAGAUUCUGGACUAUGCGUGCAAACAGUGGUCCGGCUUGGUGAGCGAUUACUAUAUGCCACGGUGGAGACUCUUCCUGGAAGAUGUGACAGUGGCCCUGCAUUCUCGGCGACCCUUUAACGGCACCGCUUUCAAGCUGAAAGUCUCGCAGGAUAUAGAACUUCCUUUUAGUAACAAAGUCGACGUUUAUCCUGUGACGCCAGUUGGCAACACCUGGCUUAUUUCCCAGGAUAUUUUCGAAACCUGGAAGGACUACUCAAAGAACACGCACUUUCUACAUAACAACAGAUUACCAGUGCCUCGAAAAUUGGGUCCUAAAUAAUUUUUAAUUUUCAUAUUGUUCAAUACGACUGCCACUCUAAACGUUUUAUAAUACUUUCUCUAAAAUUGACUUUAAAUGUUCGAAAUAAAAAUCUUUUGACAAUAGUAUCUCAAAUGCAUUUAAGUUACGACCUUUCGCAAUUGAUUUGGAGGAAAGUAUUCGAAUUUAAUG